AUGAUUGUGUCAAUUGACGACGACGGAUACGUCCAGAUGGACGUGAAGCUGUUGACGGUGGUGAAGCUAUUGGUGCAGACGUCAAUCUUCGUGUGCAUCUCGGGGGCGGCGGUGGCGUCGAGAUUGUUCUCGGUGAUCCGGUUCGAGUCGAUCAUCCACGAGUUCGACCCGUGGUUCAACUUCCGGGCGACGAAGUACCUUGUGACGCACUCGUUCUACAAGUUUUUGAACUGGUUUGACGACAAAACGUGGUACCCGUUGGGGAGAGUGACGGGAGGGACGUUGUACCCGGGGUUGAUGGUGACGUCCUCGGUGAUACACAACGUGCUGCAGAGGCUGGGGCUGCCGGUCGACAUCAGAAACGUCUGCGUGAUGCUUGCGCCGGCUUUCUCGUCGCUCACGGCGUUGGCGACGUACCUGUUCACGCUGGAAAUCACCAGCACGCUUCCCUCGAUGAGAAGCAAGAAGACGCCGGCUCUUUUGAGCGCCGCCUUCAUGUCGAUUGUCCCGGGCUACAUCUCGAGGUCGGUGGCCGGCUCGUACGACAACGAGGCGAUCGCCAUCACCUUGUUGAUGGUCACCUUCUACUUCUGGAUCAAGUCCGUCAGACUGGGCUCCGUGCUGUACGCCUCCGUCACCUCGCUCUUCUACUUCUACAUGGUGUCCGCAUGGGGUGGAUACGUCUUCAUCACUAACAUGAUCCCGCUCCACAUCUUUAUCCUCCUCUUGAUGGGCAGGUUCAACUACAAGUUGUACACCAGCUAUUGCACGUGGUACGCACUCGGCACCUUGAUGUCGAUGCAGAUUCCGUUUGUGGGCUUCUUGCCGAUCAAGUCGAACGACCACAUGGCUGCCUUUGGUGUCUUCGGCUUGCUGCAGUUGGUAGUUGUCGCCAACUACUUCAAGACCAUCUUGUCGCCACAGAGAUUCUACAACUUGAUGAUUGCCUUCGGGACUCUCGUCUUUGUUUUGGGUGUCUCUGGCUUGAUUGCUGCUACCAAGCUCGGCCUCAUUGCACCAUGGACGGGCAGAUUCUACUCCCUCUGGGACACCAACUACGCCAAGAUCCACAUUCCUAUCAUUGCAUCUGUCUCGGAGCAUCAGCCUACACCAUGGUCCUCUUUCUACUUCGACCUGAACUUCCUCAUCUGGCUUUUCCCAGUCGGGGUCUACCUAUGUUUCAACGACCUAUCUGACGAAUCCAUCUUCAUCAUUGUCUACUCGGUUCUCGGCUCCUACUUUGCCGGUGUCAUGGUCAGAUUGAUGCUUACCCUUGCACCUGUCGUUUGUGUCUGCGCAGCCCUCACUGUGGGCAAAUUGUGUGACAUCUACCUUGACUUCACGGAACUUUUGUCGAAGAAGGGACGUGAGCUCAACGAAAAGAUCAAUCCCAACGACAACCUCAUGGACUUGAUCUCGAGACUAGCCGUUGCGUCAACCUUCGCCUUCUAUCUUUUCUUCUACGUUCAGCACUGCAUCUGGGUCAACUCCAACGCCUACUCCUCACCUUCUGUCGUGUUGGCGUCCAAAAACAGAGACGGCAGUCCGGCCCUCAUCGACGACUUCAGAGAGGCCUACUACUGGCUGCGUAUGAACACCGAGGAGGACGCCAAAGUCAUGGCAUGGUGGGACUAUGGCUACCAAAUCGGCGGUAUGGCAGACCGUACCACCUUUGUGGACAACAACACCUGGAACAACACCCACAUUGCCACCGUCGGGAAAGCCAUGGCCGUCAGCGAAGAAAAGUCCGAGGUCAUCAUGAGAAGAUUGGGCGUGGACUACGUCUUGGUCAUCUUCGGCGGUAUGCUAGGCUACAGCGGAGACGACCUCAACAAGUUCCUCUGGAUGGUCAGAAUCUCAGAAGGUAUCUGGCCGGAAGAGGUGAACGAAAGGUCCUACUUCACCGACCGUGGAGAGUACAGGGUCGACGAACACGCUUCCCAGGUGAUGAAAGACUGCCUCAUGUACAAAAUGUCCUUCCACGGGUUUGGGGACCUCUACGCCGGCAGGGACCCUGUCGACAGAGUCAGACAGCAGAAGUUGGGUGCCGAGUACGCCCACAACAUCAACUUGGAUGUCUUGGAAGAGGUCUUCACCACCGAGAACUGGCUUGUCAGAAUCUACAAACUCAAAGACCUCGACAACUUCGGUAGAAGCUUGAUCGACGUCGGCGAGGAACACCGGAAGGACACAACCCGUAGACAGAAACGGAUCCAAACGAGAAAGAAGCCAGACCUCGACCUCAGAGUGUGA